UGUCACUUCCUUCAGGCUGCAUCCUGUGCAGAGGAUCACGUUCAUGUAGUAGAGGCGGUGUUUAGGGUCAAAGUUUGUUAACCCUAAAUUGUUGCUCUCAAAAAACUGCGAACAAAUGCUGGGUUAGCCGUUAGCAACAUUGUUUCAGCAACAAAACCGUGUUCAACUCAUGUGACCCCCGAGAAAAAUGUCCAGUUUUCUGAGGCAUUUCACAGCGGUGGGUGAUGAGCAAAACACCGCGGCACAGUUGCAGGACGAGGAUCCGCACGAUGCCCGUGGAGACCUUGAGCUGGCCACAGGACAGCACCUGGGACAGGUCAGCUUCAGGGACUCCCUACGCCGCCUCUACAGUACAGAGAGGUUCCAGAUUGUUGUUGUUUGCUUGGUCGUCUUGGAUGCCAUUUUUGUUCUGUGCGAGUUGCUUAUUGACUUGUCUAUCAUUCAAGCGGAUCAUCACAGAAUCGCUCCGCAGGUAUUCCACUAUCUCAGCCUCGCCCUUCUCACAUUCUUCAUGGUGGAGCUGUCUGGAAAAAUCUAUGCCUAUCGUUUAGAAUUCCUCCACCAUAAGUUUGAGGUGUUUGAUGCGAUUGUGGUGGUGGUAUCCUUCAUCCUGGAAAUUGUAUAUAUCUCAAAGGAAGAUGCAUUUGAUGCCAUGGGGCUUCUGAUCUUGCUCAGGUUGUGGAGAGUGGCCAGGAUCAUAAAUGGUAUCAUUUUGUCUGUGAAAAAUCGUGCCCAUCACAAAGUUCAGAAAAUAAAGGAGAUCAAUGAAAAACUUGUUCAUCAAGUCAAUGAACUUCAAGAGCGGAACACAAAAAUGGAUCAAGAAAAUGCAAAGCUCCGUGCAAUCUUAAAACAGCACUGCAUUGAAUUUUGAUGCUCCAAGGAAUAAAACGGGAAAUCUCAACUACACAAGUUAUAUAUACUGGAAUAUUAAACUUGCUUCAAUAGAUUGUA